UUGUCGCUCCCGCCAAUUUGAAAACCCUACCGAACCAUAAAGAAAGGAAACUCAGAAAAGAAAAUUGUAAUGGUUAUGGCGGAGGAAGAAGAAAGCGGAGUAUCGAUACAACUGGAAUUCCCGAAGGGUCGGGUGAAGAAGAUUAUGGCGCUGGACAAAGACGUGAAGAGGGUGAGCUCAGAAGCGUUGUUUCUGGUGUCGCGCUCCACGGAAUUAUUCCUCCAAUUCCUGGCUGAAAAAUCGGCGCAGGUUGCGAUUGAAAAGAAACGGAAGACCGUGAAUCUGGAACAUAUAAGAGAGGCCGUGAAGAGGCACCAGCCAACCAGGGAUUUUCUCCUCGAUGAGCUUCCGCCGCCAUCUCAGCCCACCAAGCCCGAUAGGCCCACUCAGCCUGCCGGUCGGCCCAAAUUGGAUCCUCCUCCCCGUGGUACUCGCCGCAUCGAUCUAUUUUUCCGGAAACCAGAACUUGACGACCCAGCCCAAGCCCAACCACCUGAAAAUCCAGCUCAAGCUCAACCGCCUGAAAAUCCAGACCAAGACCAAGCCCAAUCGCCAGUACCCGUAGAUGAGUCUUAGGUUUUGUUUGUUUAUACACCUGCGUUUGAGAUUUUGUAUCCGAUCUGAAUCUGAGAUAACAUCUAACAAUGCAUUAGCGAAAAUAUGGGAUUCUAAUUAGUUAUUCGCAUAUUCUAUUAUGGUCCAUAUUCCCCCGGUACUCUAUUUAUUUAUUUUGAUCGUUUGGUUAUUGACAUAGUAACUUUGCUUUGGUUUGCUCA